AUGACAUCAAUACUCAUAGUUUGUGCCAUGUGGCCUGCUGACAGAUACGUGACCGCGGCCACUUUACCUCGAAACGCACUUGCUAGCAACCCUGCUGUACCCUUCGUUCACUUCAAUCCAGCUAACAGUACUUGCAAUGAAAAAGAAAAAAAUUGCCACCAACUGAUUAAUUGUAUUUCGUGCAAUUCAACUCGUCAAAUCAAAUCUCGCACUUUGGAUGUGCAAUUAUCGUUGCAAAUAAAAAUACUUGAGCACGCGCAGAGCUCCUUCACCGACUUCGUUCAGGACGACUACCCGUUGCCCGACGCCAACGAUCGCAUCUUCAGCAUCAGCGUCACCGUCUGCUGGGACUUCUCCACGAGCAAGGCGGCCGUCAAGGACUGCAUCCUAGAGAAUCCCGCCGAGCCGCCGGACACGGGCGUCUACUCGCCAAGCGUGCAGAACGCGUUCUACCUUGCCGAGAAGUGCGUCCUCGCGAAAGUCGAUCAGAUCUUCAGCAUUGACAUGGAAAUGCCCAACGAGCACUACUUUGACAUCGACUUCAGCAAGUUCUCCAGAUUGGUGUCGACUGAUAAGAAGGAAGCGUAUCUGCUUAUGAACAAGCCUUCUGACAUUAUUUACGCGCAGCCCGACCGGAAAGACGUCGCUUCGAAACUUUCAUGUUUCCGGUCGCCGCUCGUCUACUUUAGAUCCUGUUCCAAUUAUUUGAUUAUCUGA